UGGCCGCAGCUCUCAUUCACGCUGCUGUAGGAGCGUCUGUUCAGCUGGUGAGGCAGCGGCAGCUCGCUUUGUGCAUCCUGUGUUAGCCACCUGUGCCGCUGAUGGUGCUGAUGGCGCAAACCUUGCGUUACAUGGAAUAAUUUGUACACUGUUACCUUGCUCUUCUCCUAUCCGGAUUUGCUUCUUCUUCUUUUUUUUUUAUUGCAUCAUUGGGCAUCCAAAGUUGUGAUGAUGCCCCCGCUCAGCAUUUGGGAUUGGUAAUAGCCUUCUGCGCGAGGUUGAUAUAUCAUUCGCAUGUGAUUGAACAACACUUGUCUCUCGGAAGUGGACAAAACAUGGACUAAUUUUUAUUUUUUUAUACAUUCACCAUGGGAUUAUCACAGCUAUUUCUGGUUCUCGGCAUAUUUUGCGCCUCCUCAGUUGUAGGCUUUGGGGUCGACCCUGCCCUGCGCAUCAGCGUGUUUGAUGAACUAACGCUUGAAGAAGGCUUUGAUGGAGUUACUCAGGUCCAGGGCUUCCACAGCGAGUCUAGAGCUUUCCACUUCCAAGGGUCUGCCAGGCAAGUGAUGGCUCCUGCUGAGGUCUCAGAGAAAAUGGUCCAGAAGCUGAGAGGCAAGAAUGAGUUUACUGUGCUGGCGACCCUCAAACAAGAUCACCUCAACUCUGGGGUCAUCCUCUCCAUUCAUCACUCUGAGCACAGGUUCCUGGAGCUGGAGAGCAGUGGCCAGCGCAGUGAGGUGCGUCUUCACUACCGUACCAAAGGCCAACAGCCCCACACUGAGGUGUUCCCUUACAGCCUGGCUGACGACCAGUGGCACAAGGUCUCUGUGGCCAUCAGUGCCUCUCAUGUUAUACUACACAUCGACUGCAACAGGAUCUAUGAGCGGGUCGUGGAAGCCCCGUACAUGGACAUACCUGAGGAUGCUUCCUUCUGGCUCGGACAGAGAAACACUGCCCAUGGCUUCUUCAAGGGAGUGAUGCAGGAUGUGCAGAUCCUGGUGAUGCCACAGGGUUACAUCGCACAGUGUCCAGAUCUGAACAGAACAUGCCCAACCUGCAAUGAUUUCCACGGACUUGUGCAGAAAAUCAUGGAGCUGCAGGAUAUCCUUGCUAAAACAUCCAGCAAGCUGUCCAGGGCGGAGGAGAAGAUGAAUGGCCUGGAUGGCUGCUAUUGUGAGAGAACCUGCAGCGUCAAGGGGGUCGUCUACAGGGAGGACGAGGGCUGGACAGAUGGCUGCAGGAACUGCACAUGCACGAACGGCACAGUGCAAUGCGAGGCCAUCUCCUGCCCUCCCUCUCAGUGCCCAGCGGGCACAGCGCCUGCCUACAUAAAGGGUGCCUGCUGCAAGGAGUGCCAGCCUGUCUGCUUGUUUGGUGGAAGAGAGCUCGUGGAGGGGGAUCAGAAGGCUGUGCGGGACUCCUCUGGCAGGUGCCUGCUGUUUGAAUGCAGGGACAGGAGCAUGCGUCGCGUGGUCCCCAGUGAGCCGUGUCCCGAACUCAACUGUGCUGAGUCGGAGCAGAUCACCUUGAAUGACAGAUGCUGCAAAGUCUGCAGAGGUCAUGACUUCUGCUCAGAGGGCCACGGCUGCGUGGAGCACUCCGACUGUGUGAACCUGGAGGCGGGAGACUGCUGUGUUUGUAAGGAUGGCUUCCGCCCGCUGCGAGACGAUAAUGCCUACUGUGAAGAUAUUGACGAGUGCGCUGAGGGGAAGCACUACUGCAGGGAGAACACCAUGUGCGUUAACACCCCUGGCUCCUUCAUGUGCAUCUGCCAUACGGGCUACAUCAGGAUCGAUGACUAUUCCUGCACAGAGCAUGACGAGUGCCUCAGCGGGCUCCACAACUGCAAUGAGAACGCCCUGUGCUUUAACAUGGUCGGAGGCCACAGCUGCUCCUGUAAGCCGGGCUACACUGGCAAUGGGACGGUCUGCAAAGCUAUGUGUGACGGAUUGUGCCAGAAUGGGGGAACCUGCGUCUCACCUAACAACUGCGUUUGCCAGCAAGGAUUUACGGGCAAGAGGUGCGAGACAGAUAUUGAUGAGUGUGCGGACGGCUUUGUCAAGUGUGAUGGUAAAUCCACUUGUGUCAACUUGCCCGGCUGGUACCACUGUGAGUGCCGUGAUGGAUACCAUGACAACGGCUUGUUUUCCGCCAGUGGGGAAUCGUGCGUAGAUAUUAAUGAAUGCAAGAUGGGGAGGAACACCUGUGCCAACGACACAGUGUGCUUCAACUUGGACGGAGGCUACGACUGCCGGUGCCCCCACGGGCACAACUGCACCGGGGACUGUAUACAUGACAACAAGGUCAAGCACAGUGGGCAGAUCUGGGUGCUGGACAGCGACAGGUGCUCUGUGUGCUCCUGCCAGGCCGGCCAGGUGAUGUGCCGCAGGAUGGUUUGCGACUGCGACAACCCCAACGCCGACCUGUUCUGCUGCCCCGAGUGCGACCCUCGACUGAGCAGCCAGUGUCUGCACCAGAACGGCCUGCUCACCUACGCUGUGUCACCGACCCCUGCCAGGCCGACACCAUCCGCAACGACAUCACCAAGACGUGCACGGACGAGCACAACAUCUCACGCUUCAGCGGCUCCUCCUGGAUUAAACACGGCACAGAGUGCACCCUGUGCCAGUGCAAGAAUGGACACAUCUGUUGCUCAGUGGACCCCAUGUGCCUUUAGUCCCGGAAGAUCUGAAGGCACCUGUACAGUGUUCUCCAUGUACAAACAAAGUAACACCACCCUUAUGUCUCCUCACUGUCCUCACAGGCGUAGGUCAGAUAGUGUUUGCAUUGUUAGGAUUUGAUUUAGCCUGCUGAACCAGAUGGGUGGGGGUUACGAAUCAGUAUAAUUUAUACAAUGUCACAUUGUCAAAUACAGACAAUUGUACAAAUGUAACCUUCAGGUCCUUUCUGAUGAUUUCUAGCUCUUAUUGUGUGCUCUACAUUGUAAACCCCAUACCUCAGUUUUUGUGAAUACUCUGUGACCCACGUCUGCCCCCUCGACUCCUCUUUAUACCAAAAGCAGACCUUUAUCAUACCAAACAGAUGAUGGACUACAGUUUCCUCAAACCCACUCUCUUUGUUCUGUCUCUCCACUUUAGAGUGAACCUUUAAGGAUCACUGUUCCCCACUCUGCAUCAUCGCUACAUAAAUCUGUAAGAUAUUACUAUUACUGGCAUGACUGUGCUUGAUGUCCAAACAUUUUUGCUGAUUUCUAAAUUCUCAGUGAUGAUGAUACCCUAGAUAGAGUAAAAGCAGUUAGCUUAAGCUUCCGUUGCCACAUUUAUGAGUUGUCUAUAUUAUGUGGUGCUUUGUAGCAUUUUGUUCCAUUUCUCCUUUUUUGUAAUUUUUUUCUUUCCAAGCUUGUUAUUGUGUAAUAGUGAAAUAAAGUAUUUCCAUUUACAUUUAA